AUGCUCCAUCAUCAACCAGUUGUUCAUUCCUCUCAUCAACCCUAUUAUCAUCAAUCAUCGGAAAACAUAACACCAGAAAGAUUAAAAUUAAAACAACUGAAACACAGAGUUGCAACACCAAAGCCAGUGAUUCAUCCCUUUUUUCUAUCGAGUCAUGAACAACAGCAUGCACCACCUCCUCCAUUCAAUCAUGAUUUCGUGCCAUUUGUAAAAUAUCCUCCAGAAUAUAUGGAACCAUAUCAAACAGAACCUUAUACCAUAUCUACCCCGAACAAGGAUCAAAAUUAUUAUUAUGUAAAUCAUCAACCACCACAACCCUUCGAUAUUCAUCCUCAUCACUUUGAACAACAUUUAGAUCAUCAUGAAAUGAUAAUACAACCCUCAAAUCCUCCUCAAUCAUUCAACCAUCAACAAUUAAUAGAUGAUCAAUUGGAUGAAUUCAAUAUUGACCAACAAUUUCAAUCUGCAUUCCCAAUUGGCAGUGUUCCAGGAGUGGUAAAACAAGUUCUAGGUAGAGAUGAUAUCCAUAGUGAAAAGGAAUCAACCCUUAAUAUUACAACUGUAAAUAGACCUUUGAGUUUAGAUCCUCAACUUAAUACACCUUUCAAAAAAUUUAUUGCAAAGGAGGAAGAUUUAAAAAUGGGAGAAAAGAUUAUUCUAAUUGAAGACGAAUCUGAGUCAUCAGAAAUUGAAGACGAAUCUGAAGUGUCAUCUAUUAAAUUAGAAGAUCCUUCGUUUGUUAUUGAACCUGGAAAAGUUUAUGUAAUUGACGAUUCAGAUGAUGAAGAUGUUACCUCCUCAAAUGAGCAAGAGGAUCACCAAAGCGAUAAUACAGAUGAACAAAAAGAAGAUUCUUACGAACAAGAAAACCAAGAGGAAAGGGUGGAAUCCGAAGAUGAAGAAUCAUUUCAUUUAAUAUCAGAAAGUAUUGUUCACGAACAGACCCUUCCUACCCAACCUAAAUCACCAGAACAUAUCAAAAGCAGUCUUGAAAUUGAUCAGCAUAAUGCCAGAACCAACUUGUACCAUUGGAGUUACGUGUUUCAAUACAAACCAAAGGAUGAAUUAACUGUUUCUAUACUAGGAAAAACUAAUAUUGAUGGAAAUAGAAAUUUCACCACUUCCCCAAUUGUUCAUAGAUUCAACUCUGAUACUGUACUUACUCUAAGUGGAACAAAAUAUGUGCUCACUUCCAGUUUUGAUAGUUUGCGAAAUCAAGAAAAUAGUACUACAGUCAGUGCUGAUUUUUUGAAACAAUUUACUGCUUCUUUGGAUGGACCUUUCCCAAAGAAUUGGAGAGAACUUAUUGAAAAGGAAUUUAAACGGUUAGAAGAACCAAUAUUGGGACCUGUUGAGUCUUCCAAUAAUUUCCAAAACGAAAAUAAUUUUGAUUAUCAAAUAGAUGAAACAAAUGCAAGCCUCAAACAGGAUAAUAGCAGCAAAAUUGAAGAACCGACCACAAAAAAAAAGAGAAACUCAAGAAAUAAGAUAUUUGAGGAUCCACCUCAAAAGCCCUCAAAAACCAAAAAAAAAAGAAGAAAGAAAUAUGAUACUAGCUCUGAUGAGGACGAAGAUACAGAGUAUGCUGAAUCACCUCAACCAGAGAAUAAGAAAAGAAAGUCUAUACAACAAACUCUUUCAAAUAGCUUUACAAAGAAGGCCGAUAAUUCAAUGUCUUUGACUGAUGAGCUAAAAUCAACAAUGCUUGGUUGGAAAAAGAGAUCCCAUACAUCCUCACCUCCAAAAAUUCCUCUUGACUCUAUUAGAGAAAUUCAUCAUGAAACAAACAACGAUUUAGAGGAUUACAAAAUUAAUCAACUACGAGAAGAACCACAAAAAUACGAGAAUAGAAUUGAUUAUUUUAAGGAAGACUUCUUUAAUGAGAUAGGUGGACUUUCGCAAGGAGAAGAGGAGGUAAAUGAAAGAUACAAUGAAAUCCAAGACGAGUCAAUUUAUGAAGAAAAAGAACCAACACCAAAGAAGAAAACAAAACGAAAGACUAGAAGAAAGACUAGAGAAACUGUAGAAAAUUCAAAUAUUGUAGAGCAAGAUCUAGAUCUUUCCAUACCAAAAGUAAUUAUAGAUACCCAGUUCUUUCCAAAAACACGUAAAAAACGUAAAACAAAAACUGUUUCUAUGGAUACAAUACAAAAGGCUUGGUUUGGUGAUUUGGAAGAGUAA